UUUUGUUGUCAAUCGCCAUAUUGUCAACAUAACCUCUUAUUCUUAGUAAUAAACCCGGUACAAAAAAGCAUUUACAAUAGUUCAAAAUUAAUAAACACCAUUUACAAUCAUUGAUCUAAAACGUAGAAUGGAUCUUACUUUCCUUUCAGGGUUAGGAUGUGGGAUUUGUAUUGGAAUUUCAUUGUUUGCACUAAGAAAAUACUUCGGAUUCGUAACAGAUUCUGUGAAAGCUGUAAAACAGUUUUCUUCCAACUCUGAAUACAAGCUUGUUUUAGUCGUAAGAACAGAUUUAAACAUGGGCAAAGGUAAAAUAGCAGCUCAGUGCAGUCACGCGGCCGUCGGUACAUUUGAAAAAGCACAGAAAAAAGAUCCAGAGAGCCUUAAAAUCUGGCAGCAUACUGGCCAGGCGAAAAUAGCCCUAAAAACUGACUCCUUAGAUGAAAUUAUAGAGAUAAAUAAUAAUGCGAAGAAAAUGGGUCUGAUAACAUCUAUGAUUAGGGAUGCAGGAAGGACCCAGAUAGCGGCAAACUCCAUCACAGUGCUGGGAGUUGGGCCUGCACCUAAAGACAUCAUUGACAAAGUGACAGGACACUUGAAGUUACUCUAACAAAAUAGGCGAAUCUAAUUGAAUUUAAAUGUUUAUUACAGUACCAAGGGGCCUUACCAUUAAAUACAUUUAGCUUAUGUUAUACAGUAACUAACGGCUGGUAUAGAGUUUAAGCAAAUAAUGGCUAGUCACAUUGGCUUGCAGAAUGUGAUCUCAUCAGAGAUCAAUAAAUACUCAAGUACUUCAGAAAGCAGUGUGGUGAUACAUAUUUAUGAAGAAAAAUAACAUUGAUAUCCAUAAUAUAAAUCAACAGUGGCUAUAGUUAAAACAUGUGACUAAACAGAGUUUAACUAUAUUUUUUGUGGUAUUACAGUAAUCAUUCAUCUAAAAA